CAGGCCAACGGCAGCACUCUGUGCCUCGCGGUCUCCUUCCUCCCACUGGCUCUGCCAGCCCUACUGCCCCCGCCAUGGGAAACGAGGCCAGCUACCACUCCGGGAUGUGCAACAACUUCGACCACGAUGAGAUUAGAAGGUUGUGCAAAAGCUUCAAGAAGAUGGACUUGGACAAAUCGGGCUCCCUGAGCAUACAGGAGUUCAUGUCGCUGCCCCAGCUGCAGCAGAACCCACUGGUGAGUCGAGUGAUCGACAUCUUCGACACGGACGGCAAUGGGGAAGUGGACUUCCAAGAGUUCAUCGAGGGCACCUCGCAGUUCAGCGUCAAGGGCAACGAGGAGCAGAAGCUAAGGUUCGCCUUCAGAGUCUACGACAUGGACAAAGACGGCUACAUCUCCAACGGGGAGCUCUUCCAGGUGCUCAAGAUGAUGGUGGGUAACAACCUUGAGGACUGGCAGCUGCAGCAGCUGGUGGACAAAACUAUCUUGGUCCUGGAUAAGGACGGCGAUGGCCGGAUAUCCUUCGAAGAGUUCUGUGAUGUGGUCAGAAGCAUGGAGAUCCACAAGAAGUUGGUCGUGUUUGUAGAUCACAGUCAAGAAGACUAAAAGCUUAAGCAUAAGAAAAUGUACAUCUUUGCAUUCUUUCUCAAGGCUAUGUAUAUGGGAGAAGACUACGAUUCUCAUGGAGUGUUAGGAAAUCUUUUCAAUUACUUGUGGCCUUCAGACUUUUAACAAAUUGUUAAACUUCCUGUUGUAACAACUAGCAAAAAUACAUUUAUCUUUGCUUAGUAUCCUUCAGUCACUCUCUGGACACUACUACCUCCAUAACAGCAUGCCCCGGACUCUCCGUGAUCAUCCAGAAAUCCCUAAGCAUGUUUGAGGGAUUGAGGUCCAAAAGGGGAGAUUCUGUCUCCGUGCUUCAGCCUGCCAGAAAGUAACCUCUGAGUUCAUGUGAGAACAGCUAACUCUGGACCAAAUGGCCAGCCCACCCACCUCAGUAUGACAGGUUUCUGGCCUUGUGGGUUUAAAAACGGCAGUAUUCUGGUCAGAAUGGGCAACAUCCGCCCCACACCCAGCCCCACCCAGCUGGAGAGAAUGAGACAGAGUCAGUUUUCUCCCAGGGCAGAAAUCAGCAGAUUCAGGCUGAGGUGGCCUUUCCCAGGAUGCUGAAAUGUUUUUGUCCUGAGGGAUGAUGAGCAAUGCAAAGAUAAUGAGAGCUGGUAACACUGGGAGGGUCGGCUUGCUUUUGAGAAUCUGAUCUGGUGCCCAGCAGAGAAGCCAACAGCUGUCUAUCUCAGGAAGGUUUCCUCCACUGUAACAUUCAACUCAAGAGUUCCUCAUGCCCGAAGAGUUAGACUAGGAUCCCAGGAUGUCCUGGCACUUGAUUCUAGACAAGAUCUAAUGUUAGGCACCUUUCUCUAAUUCACAUGGGUAUUGUUGGUGGCCUGAGAUUGGCAAUGGUGGAUAGUAGAAGCUCUGUUUUGCUUUGGAGUUGGUUUAAUACUACUGUUUGUCCCCAUAAAUGUCACUAGCUCCCUGAAGUCCCUUAUACUAUUGUCAAUAAAGUACAAGGUGUCCUUGGAA